GCGUGCUGCAGCGAGGAGUUCUAGUCAGGACGCAUGACCACCAGCUGUCCAUUUAUCACGAUAGUCACAACAGUCCGAGUCGAUCUCCCCACCCUCCGGCUUCGUCCGGCUGUGUCACCAAUACCUCAGAGUCAUAGGUGCCGCGCUAUAUAUACCCUGUGAUAGUCUUGACACUCGAUAGCGGACACGCGCACUCACACUCGGCUCAACAGCAAGCUCUGGUAUGUCGUCAGAGACUCAGAACCCGCUCGAAGGCGUACAAGCCUUCGUGUUCGACGUGUUCGGCACGGUCGUAAACUGGCGCAAGGGCAUGUACGACCAGCUCGAAGCAAAGCUCGGUGCCGUCGCACCCGACCAAGACUGGGACGUGUUCGCGGAGCAGUGGAGGAAGGGGUACUACAAGAAGACUGCCUCCGUCGCGUCCGGCGGCUCAGGCCCCCUCAACGUCGAUCAGCUUCACAGGGAGAUCCUCGACGAUAUGCUCGCGACCGACCGCCAGUGGUCACAUCUUGCGCCCCACCUCGACGACAUCGCGCGGCACGAGCUCGUCCUCUUCUGGCACCGCCUGCCGGGGUGGCCGGACACGUCCGCGGGGCUGCACGGCAUCAAGAAACACGCCAUCAUCGGGACGCUCUCGAACGGGAGCGUGCGGACUCUGGUCGACAUGGCGAAGUUCGCUGACCUCCCAUGGGACGUCGUCCUCUCCUCCGAGCUCCUCGGCUCUUACAAGCCAAAUCCGAAAACGUACCUCGGCGCGCUGCACCACCUCUCGCUCACCUCGCCGCCGCAGCUCUGCAUGGUCGCCGCGCACAUCUACGACCUCCGCGCAGCCGCGUCGCAUGGGCUGCGCACCGUCUUCGUGCGCCGCCCGCGCGAAGCGGACUCGCCGCCUGACGUGCGCGCGAAAACGGAGGGUGGAGAGGUCGAUAUGGUGGUGGACAGCUUUGAGGAGAUCGUGAAGGUUUUGGAGGCAAGAGCCGAGGAGAGGCAAGUAUGGCAGCAAUGAGUGGGGGGAAACGGACGGACGGAGUAAUUGUCUUCGGAAAGCAAACCUGAGCGCGGUAGCAUGUAUGAACAAGAGGGCGAAU